UUUAGCACUAGCUGUUUGUCUUGACCACAUCUUUUCAUACACCUCAUUGUCUCCCUCUACUGUUUCUACCACACGUUCUACCCACCAGCUAGGACACAGCAUGGACUGCCUGGCCGCUGGUUACUGGAGGUCCCGUGAGAGACAUGUUGCCUCUGGUAGGUGAUCCUUACAGACUGGAAAACACAGUGGGGAUGAACACUGUCAGUAAUCCGAUAUAUAUAUGUUAGCAGAAGAUCUUGGGUUGUUUUGUUUUUUUGUUUUUUUCAAAUUAUAAGACACUGGACUGACAAUGAAACGAAGGCGCAAAUACUGGUUUUGGAGCCGGAAAGGUAAAAACUCAAAGAUGUGUCUUCUCUGCUGUUAUGAGAGGAAAGGCAAAGCCGCCUGUUUACAGUCCAGGAACGCUGACGAGGACGCCUGCGUGGCGGUAAAAAUCGAACACUCCAGAGCUCUAGGCAGUAGUCCAGUGUGCGAGCGAAGCAGCCCGCCCAGCGUGCAGGCGUGUCUAAGUCGGGCAAGCGGUGGGACGACUGACAAGAGCAGGAGAGGAGUCAAUGGAAGAGGCCCUGGCAGCAGGCCUCGGCUGCAGUCUAAACCACAAGUGCCUCCAAAGCCACCACAUCUUCAGAGCCCGGUGACGGAGCUGUCGUCCCCACUGGGCCGCAUCCAGAAACCACAGCUUACUAGAAGCAUGGAAGAAAGGGGUGGAGGUGGAGGAGAAGGAGGAGGAGGAGGAGGAGGAAGAGGGGCCAUGAACCGGGAGAGGGUCAGGGACAAACAGUCCAAAGUCUCAGACCUGAUCAGCCGCUUUGAGGAGAACAGCAACACAGAGAACAAGAGAGACGGCUCACCGCUCAAACCUAUCAGCAAGUCAAACAACUGCAGUCCAGCCCACCGCCCCCAGCAGAGGCAGACAGAGACCGGCAGGAUUCAGGAGAACCACUCCUCCGUACCGGCCACGCCACAACAAGAUGACCACAGGCCGGCGGCCAACGGGGUGCUAGCACAGAUGGAGCUGGACAAGGAGAAGGAGGAUAAAGAGUCUGAGAAUGAAUGCGUGAGGAUAGAGACUGCUGGGCUGGUAAAUGGAGAUAUGGGGGGCGGGAGUGCCGAACAGGAUGAGGAUCAUUCACCUCCACAGACGGACAGGACUGACACAGAAAGCCACACUGAGAAUGAGGACAGUGGGACUGCAACAGAAAGUGAGCACAGGAAUGAAGAAGGGAGCUCAGACCAUAAGGAGACGAACGAACAGAAGCUGUUUAAGAUUGCCAGCGAGCUCCUGCAGACAGAGAAGGCCUAUGUAGCCAGACUUAACCUGCUGGACCAGGAAUUCUGUGCUAAGCUUAUGGAGGAGGCUAAUAAAGGAACAUUCCCCGUGGACGUAGUGAAGAACAUAUUCUCUAACAUCUCCUCCAUCAAUGCCUUUCACAGCCAGUUUCUGCUUCCAGAUCUGGAAAAACGCAUGGGACAAUGGGCGUCCACACCUCGUAUCGGGGACAUCCUGCAGAAACUCACACCCUUCCUCAAGAUGUACGCAGAGUAUGUGAAGAAUUUCGACAAGGCCAUGGAGCUGCUGAAACAGUGGACUGACCGUUCGCCUCAAUUCAAGGCCAUCAUUCAGGAGAUACAGAGUCAAGAGGCCUGCGGCUGCCUGACGCUUCAGCAUCACAUGCUAGAGCCUGUGCAGAGAGUCCCUCGAUAUGAGAUGUUGCUUAAAGACUAUCUGAAGAAGCUGCCUCAGGACGACCCUGACCGACGAGACGCAGAAAAAUCAUUAGAAAUCAUUGCCACAGCAGCUACUCACUCCAACAGCGCCAUACGAAAAUCUGACAAUCUGAAGAAACUAAUGGAGAUAUAUGAGAUGCUGGGUGAGGAGGAGGACAUUGUUCACCCCUCUAAUGAGUUCAUCAAAGAGGGCCAUAUCCUGAAGCUGGCAGCCAGGAACACCUCGGCCAUGGAGAGAUACCUCUUCCUGUUCAACAACAUGCUGUUGUACUGCGUACCCAAAUUUAGCCUGGGAGGGACCAAGUACACGGUGAGGACGCGAAUCGGUAUCGAAGGCAUGAAGGUCCUGGAAACGACCAAUGAGGACUACCCUCACACCUUCCAGGUGUCAGGGAAGGAGAGGACACUAGAGCUACAGGCCAGCUCAGAGCAAGACAAGGCAGACUGGAUUAAGGCUUUCCAGCAGACCAUUGAGAUCUUCCAGCAGAAAAACGAGUCGUUCAAGAACGCAUUGAAAGAUGCGGAGGAAGUAUCGAAAGCGGAGCUGGGGAAGCGUGCGCCUCGUUGGAUCCGCGACAAUGAAGUGACAAUGUGCAUGAAGUGUAAAGAGCCUUUCAAUGCUCUGACACGGCGGAGACAUCACUGCAGAGCCUGUGGCUAUGUGGUGUGCUGGAAAUGUUCAGACAAUAAGGCGGCGCUCGAAUACGACAGUAACAAGAUGAACAAAGUCUGCAGAGACUGCUUCUCCAUCCUGACUGGGGAAAGGGUAACCGAGGGCAAGAAGAAGGGCAUCCUGGAGAUCGAGGCUGCUCAGUUCACAGGCAGCAGCAUCAUGUGCGGCUUCCUGCAGUACUGUGAGAAGAACAAACCCUGGCAGAAGGUGUGGUGCGUCAUCCCUGAGAAGGAGUGUCUGGUGCUCUACCUCUACGGAGCUCCGCAGGACGUGAAGGCCCAGUGUACGAUCCCCCUCCUGGGUUAUUCUGUGGACGACAGCGUCCGGCCCACAGACCCUCCAGCCAGCUUCCGUCUCUCUCAGUCCAAGUCCGUCCACAAUUUUUCAGCUGAAACUGAGGAGCUGAAGCAGCGCUGGCUGAAAGUCAUUCGAGUGGCAGUGACAGGUGAGGUGCCAGAGUGCCCUCAACCCAACGGCAACAAUGCAAACAUGAUGGACAACAACAACACACAAGAGGCGGCUACUGACAGCUCAUAAGGCCGUGUUUUCUGCAAGCAAACCGCUGUCAGACUUUUCUGCAAGCUAACUGCUGUGAGGUUGCUCAAGAAAGACAAAGGUUUGCAGAUGUGUACUGCACAAACAAAACACAAACACACACUCUCCAUGAUGUCCUUGAACCUGAAUCUUAAAGUGGAAAAAUCAGUGCUGGAUAAGCUGCCUUUUCUUGCCACUCUCCUGUUCCCCAGUUUCCUCCUGGAUUUUCUCAUAAACCCAACUUCUGAUUCACUGCUAGAGCUGUGCUGGAUUACUAAAGGACAUAUCUGGUACAAUCAACACUAGAGCAGAGGGGCCUCAGGACAGAUCGACUUCCCUCAAACAGGCACUAUUAAGGACAGCUCAAACCCAUUCUUCACGGACCUCUGUCAACUCCUCUUGAGCCAGUGGGAUACCACAGACUAACUCAGCACAGGAAGUGAAUCAAAGCAAAACGGACAGCUCAAACUAUAUCUGCUGGUGCUGUAACUCAGCUCUGUGUACAUGUACAGGAUGUUUUUUUUUUUCUUUUUGAAAAGGAACUGUUGUGUUUUUAAUGUACAGAAAUUAUCCCCCAAACUUUGUUUCUGUAACACAACGAAAACCAUCUAAGUAUGCUAUAAAGUAUUUACAGUAUUUCCUUUUUUCUUUUUUGCUUGAGAAGAUGGUUCCAAAACUGGGACAAUGAUCUUGUGGUUGGAAUAAUGAUGGUCUCGUCUCCCUCUCUCAUCCCUCAGUGAAAAUCAAUCAACAGUCUAAUCAAACUCUGGAUGCACGUUGGCUGAUAUGUCUGUCUGCUCUGCAGUAGAUUGCACCUAUCCUAUAGUGUAUUUUCUAUUAAUUUGCAAAUCAGUGCAGUUCUGAAUAUAUAUAGACAGCUCACCGUAGAAUAAAUAGAUUGUCGUAGAGUUUGUUGAGUCUAAAAAACAAAAACAGCUUCAUAAUGGCCUAUAGGAGUGGGUGAUAUGGAUAAAAUCUUCUCAGCUGUGACAUGGUAAAUUUAUCAGAAAUUCAAUUGAGAAACCAUUUAUGGAUCAGAUAACUAAAUGUGAAUGUCUGUUUUAUUUAAUACCUGUCAAAUCAGCGUGCUUCAUUACAUCAAUGCGACAUUGGUCCUGUAAAUCCAAUGCAACGAUAAGUCAGCUCUCCAAGGCAAGUAAACCGAACUUUAUGUGUAAAAUCUGUGGAGUUACCUUAGUAAAAACACAUAAAAACUGACAAAUCUCUGUGGUCUUACAGUAUCUUACAUCGCUCAACCCUACGGCCCCCGCAGUGCAGUUUGUUUUAAAAUGCCACAUUACAAUCAUGUUUUCCAAUCCAGCAUAGUAAAUGAUGAUCGUCCUUGUUAACAAUAGUCUAACUACACAACAGUCGUGGACCUAAAUUCAUGUAGCGAGAGAUGAGCAGGGAUCCUCAUUAUCUUUGUGUGGCAGUUUUCUAUUUAGAUGCAAAUGCAGCACAAUCACAGAUAAAACAAGCUGGCGCAAGAAAUGUAAAUGUGUUUUUAAAGCUGUAAUUAUUAUUUAAAAGUAAUUUAUAGAGUAUGACGAGCAUGUUAAGUAGCACAAAUUUGUUCCCUCACUGUCCGCUACGAAGUGUAGUAGGUAGAUCUUAUUUUUGUCUGAGAGCAGAUGUUUUUCCACUAACUCAUCAAGCGCGUCACCUCGAUUUAUCCGUGUGUCAACGACCAGUCAUGGGGGGGAAAAUGUGCCUAUAUUCUCCACAGUGAGUGUCUUCAUUCACAUGGUCCCGUUUGCAGAGCUCCCCCUGUACUCGAUGCUGGUGCUUAUCCCUCUGAACUCUUUCCUCUCCUCAGUAUUCAAAUAAAUAUAAAUAAAUAAAUGAAGAGCACAAAACUUCCCUGUCUGUAAGAUCUGAAUGUAUAUCCAGAUUUUUAUGUGUCUUCUCAUCCCCUCCCCAAAGGUUUGAGAAUCUGCGCACUUUACAGUCCUAUAAAGUGUACCUUCAAAGAAAUAAAACAAGAUUAAAUAUGAUUUAUGUGCACCCA